AUGAUAAGGUCGAACGUUCGUUACGAAGUGCUUCCGUGUGAAGAACAGCAUGUCCCAGCAGAACCUGUAGCCAUGGCAAUGGUAAUUCCACCCCCAGAGUACACUGAAAGUGCAAAUUUAGAAGGACAAGACACCCCAGCCUACGUUGCAGCCAAGCUACCUAACUAUGACGAAGCCACUUCAUUGCCCACAUAUGAGGAAGCAGAGAGGUCAAAGGUUGAAGGGGAGGCAGUUGCUGCCUCAACAGGAACAGCAGUUUUCUUGGAAUGUGAAAGUGGCAGAUUAACAAGACCAGAUGACAUGUCGGACGUUGCCAUUGGCUCAGAUGGAAUGUUUAUUUGUACUUUCUUAGUCUCGUUCUUGUUCAACUGGCUGGGGUUCCUCUUGUCCCUGUGUCUGUCCAAUACGGUGGCUGGCCGAUGUGGAGCUAUGUCUGGGCUGGGAUUGUCCAUUGUCAAAUGGGUUGCCAUUGUCAAGCACAACAAAUGGGACAGUCUGGUGGCUGAAGCAGACUCCUGGCUGUGGUGGCUCUUGGCCAUAUGUG